UAUACACAACCAGCAGAAGUGACUCGUGUUGGUGCAUUUACACAUGAAAACCAGCUUGGAUUUCAAAUGGACAGAAACACAGGAGAAAUUAAAGACCUUGUCGGUGCUGCUUGUCCUUUGUACAACUUAAGUACUUUACUUGCAGAUAAUCAUGCACAGACCAUCAGUGAUCAAACAUGGGCCCAGUCUGCACCCACAGGUUGGCAUUUUCCAGUGGGACUAGGGCUGUCAGAGGUGACGAACUCUUCCUUAGCACAGUUUCCUAGCAUGAGCUACUACCCUACAGUUCAAGAGAGCAACUGUUUUGAAGUGAUGUGGAGGGUGUGGGAGGACCUGAGUGAAAAUGAUGACGCUACCUUUGCAGACCCAGGCUCCAAGUUCUACUUCACUGUAAUGUCCUACAACAUCCUGGCCCAGGACCUGUUAGAGGCUAACUCAAGGUUGUAUGCACACUGCUCAGAGGAUGUGCUGGCAUGGGAAUACCGCUUUCAAACCUUCCUAAGAGAGCUUCAGACCUGGGAGCCUGAUAUUAUUUGUCUUCAAGAAGUCCAAGAGAAUCACUACCUGGAGCAAAUGCAACCAGCCCUGACUGAGAUGGGCUAUUACUGUGUUUACAAGCGCCGCACUGGCACAAAAACAGACGGCUGUGCGGUGUGUUACAACACCCAGCUCUUCACACAGCUGUCGGUCAGCCUGCUCGAGUUCCAGCGCAAUGACUGUGAACUGCUGGACCGGGACAACGUGGGCAUCGUGCUCCUCCUUCAACCAACUGCAGCACGCAGUGAAGGCCUGACAUUCAGACCCAUCUGUGUAGCCAACACACACCUGCUGUUCAACCCCAGGAGAGGAGAUGUGAAACUGGCUCAGCUCGCUAUAGUGCUGGCUGAAAUUGACAAAGUAACCAAGCAGUGUAAGGUCAAAGGGCACGACUGUGAGGUCAUUCUGUGUGGGGACUUAAACUCCACACCCAACAUGCCUCUGUACGAGCUGAUCAGCACUGGCUGGCUCUACUACCACGGGAUGCCAGCAUGGAUGGUCUCUGGUCAGGAAGACCUGUCCUACAAAACCUAUCACAGGAGGCUGUAUGCGCCAUUGUGGCCCAGCAGCCUGGGCAUCAACGAUAACUGUCAGUACUCUAAUGUCUCUGAGCCUCAUGUCAAAGAAUCAGGGAAACUACAGUACAAUCAUGAUUUCCUGCGGCAGCUGCGUUAUUGCCCGGCAGCUUGUGUGCGUCCUGCUGACUUAGAGCUCAUACCAGGUGUCACCGACAAUAUCCCAAUGCCUGAUGAGAUGCAGCAGUUUGCUCCAAGAAGGUUUAGAAACACUAUAUAUCACAGCUUAAACUUAAGCUCAGUGUACAACCAGAACAUAACAGGAACCACACUCGACGCAGUCACCACACUGCACUCAGACGGAGCCGCCAUGGUCGACUACAUCUUCUUCUCCAGACGAGUUCCGAACGGGGAAAAGGGUCUGAAGUUACUUGGUCGACUUGCUCUGCUGUCCGAGGCAGACCUAUGGUCACAGAAUGGACUUCCAAAUCAAGCUUUUCCAUCUGACCACCUCAGUCUUAUGGCCAAGUUUCAGCUCAGCUGAGUAUUCAAAGCUCAAGCCAGGACAGUGAAUUAGGGGGUUUAAGUUUGCCCUGUAACUAAUGGAAUGCACUGUGGUACAGCUAUUUCUGACUU